GUGCGAUGCCAGUGUGGACCCCGUCCGACUAACAAAUAUAACCCAGCUAACCAACGACCCGCGUAACCUGCUCAAGAGUUUGCAGAUCAGUCAGUGUUAAUAUCUCUGCGAGGGAUGUCGUCGUCCGUUGUUUUGCUUACCCUGGUCACUACGCUCUCAGGGAUCUACGGAGCCCGGAUAAAAGAACUCAAUGUACCCAGCGUGGUCCGGAAUGGAACGGGGCCGGUAACUCUGUCCUGCGUAUACGAGGUCAAAGAGGACGAAAACGGUCUCGUUGUUAAGUGGUUUCACGACGAAGACGAGCUCAUUUAUCAGUGGAUUCCUCCGAUGCCUCCGCAGGACAUCGGCGUGAUAACUGGACGGGCUGAAUACCCCGAGGAGCUCCUGGGUCGUCCUCGAACGCACUCGAUAAUCAGACUGAAAGAGGUGACGAUCGAGAUGGGAGGAAACUACACAUGCAGCGUGAGCACUUAUCAGGAAGAAGAGAUGAAAACGGCGCGGAUGAUCGUUUAUGCCCCGGAGACCAACGUCACCAUCCACACACCGGAGUUCAACGACACUCACACCCGGCUGACCUGCACUGCUCAAGGAGCCUGGCCGAGACCCUCUUUCGACUUCCGGAUUGACGGAGCCUCGGUCGAAGGUCGCAUGGUCUGGAACGGAAUCGAGAACUAUAAGAAGGACGGGUUCCUCGUCCGGUACGACGCCGUCAUACCGAAGCCCAGGGAACCGGCGCUCGUCGAGUGCGACGUCAACAUCCCGAGGACGGAAUAUCGCCGACGGGAAAGCGUCAUCUACUACCCUCGUUCGCAUCGUUUCACUUCUACUUCCUCUGCGUCCACGUCCACCACUGUGUCCGCAUCC